CUGGUGACUGUCAAAAUAAUAACGAACGCAACGCGCUGUACGAUGUUUUUGUAAAAAUGUAUUUUAUAUUUAUUUUAUGAUGAAGAAGUUCUAGAAAGAAGUUAAAGAAUGGUGUACGUCUAUAAAAACUGGGCGGCCGUGAACAUCCAGUGCCAAAAACAGUUGUUCUGAGAAUCGCUUUUGUGUAACGGGCGUUUACAAAACGUCAAGUGGGCUUGAAUGAGUCAAUUAUUACACUGGUACACAAUGGAGAGGCAGUGUUACAUAUUUGUGUUAUUGUUGAUGUACUCGUGGGGCUGCAGCGGCGACCGCGGUGACUACAUCGGCUGCUACAAGCUGAUGGUAGAGAAUGUGCUGAACACUCACACGGGCCAAUCCGUGGACGUCUGCUUGUCGGCGUGUGAGCAAGUCUACUACAAGUACGCUAUCAUAGGUAAUGAGUCGACGUGUUUCUGUGGGAAUGCGCCCGGUUCAUUCCAGCUACCCUUAGACAGUUGUGCCACUAAGUGCCCUAAGAAUGAUACUCAGAUAUGUGGAGGAGCGAACGCCGCUAGCGUCUAUGACACAGAGGUGCUCUCCCCAGGUCCCCCUGCUUCAAUUAAUGUCACCAAUGUUACAGAAACUACAGUUAGAGUGCGCUGGACCGCACCUGAGGCAUAUUUUUCAAUAUCUGGUUAUGUAAUUAGAGCUAUUGUUGUUGAGACAUACACAGAUGUUGCUCUCAUAGAUCUUGAAUGGAGAGUUUCAAACAAAACUUUUUACACUGAGCUACUAAACCUGCAGCCAGGGUCUAAGUAUCAGAUUGGAGUGGUUGCAGUUAAUAAUGGUUUUGAGGGCCCCAACAUUACAACUACAAUAGAAACUAUAAUUGGAACUCCAGACCCCAGCCCACCUGACAUAGAGAUCAGAGAGAGGAGAGGUGACAGGAUGGUGGUGCAUAUCCCUCAAGCUAGAAAUGUUAAUGGACCAGUGUCCAUGUACAGGAUUGUAGUGUCCAUUGAGCUGUACCAGCAAGGAUUUAUUGUGGAUACCCUUGGCAACCACACAUAUGCUACAGCCAAUGGUCUGCCGUACUACAUCACAGCUGAGCUAGACCCUGAUGACAUUAAGCAUGACUUCAUCAUUGGAGAUAGACAUACUUACAACGGGUUCUACAAUGCCCCCCUGCCACUCACCAAUGACAUAGACGUGUCCCUUGGAGUUGUCAGUGAAAAAAAUCUUGUCAAAAGGAUCAGAUAUGCAGAAUCAACUAAGAAAAUUAUUUUAAACAUUAACGAACCAGAGGAAACUUCCCCAAUGGUUAUAGCCCUUGGAGCAGCUAUUGCCAUCAGUGUGGUUCUACUUCUUAUUGGUAUAGGACUGCUUAUCAUCAUGAGGAAGAGGAUACAACUGGUGAGAGCUCAGAGAGGCUCCCAGUCCAUGCCUCUGAGUCUGAGUGAGCCAUGCAUGGAGAUAGAGAACUCGGGCUUUAUCCAAGAGGAAGAUGAAAGAGUAGACUAUUACAGCAACUUGAAAAGAAAGCUGUGGAAUAUCCCUAGGAAUCUCAUAGAUAUUGAUAUUUCUUGCAUUGUUGGUGUGGGCAGCUAUGGUAAAUUCACAAGGGGAAAGGUGCAACAACACGGGGCACAGACCCCAGGGCUUGUGCAAGUGGUGGCUGACCGGGAGCUGGAAAGACCUGACAAGAAGCAGAUGUUGCAAGAACUGGACCAGCUCAUCAAGUCAAGUGAACAUGAGAAUGUGAUCUCUCUGAUAGGCUUUUGUGAGACUAACACAACAUUAUUUGUGGUCCUAGAAGAUAGCAAACAUAGCUUGAAAGAUAUGCUGCUUCAGAGCAGGCACAGAGAUCUUCAGAAUAACAAGUUCUGUCUGAUACCUGAAAACAGAAUGCUUCAGUAUUUUAUAGAUAUAGCUAGAGGCAUGGAAUACUUGCACAGUAAGAAAAUUUUACACAAACGCCUCAGCUGUCGCAACAUCGCGCUCGGCGAUAACGGCAUCGCGAAAAUCUCAGGUUUUGGGUUAUCUCACAUGAGACCCCUGCACGAGACUCCUGACUACACCAGGUGGACCUCCCACGAGAUGCUGCGACAGACGAGGUUCAACCCUAAGGCGGAUGUAUGGUCUUUUGGCAUCCUCAUGUGGGAGGCGCUGACAAUAGGCGCGACUCCGUACUUCCACAGCGCUAAUAAAGACGUAGCGGCUCGAAUCCUGCGCGGCAUGCGACCCUCACAGCCGUCGUACGUGGGCGACGAGCUCUUCCAGCUGUGCCUGCAGUGCUGGCAGGUAGACCCUGAUGAGAGGCCGGCCUUUCCAGGCCUAGUUCAGGAACUGAAGCCUUUUGCCGAAGCUCCCGGCUGCAGGAGUCUUAGCUUUACCCACUACAAUGGAUUCAAUUACGAACCGCACGUACCACAAUACGAAAUCGUCUCAUAGUAUUAAGCAACUAACCAAAAUGUAUUUUAUUCAAUCCAAAGAGUUAUAUUUUAUACUCGGAUGAUAGAUGACGUCUCAACUGGCGCAAAGAGCAAUAUUGUACCAUUAAGGCAUUGAUAAUGUUAGAAUUCCAAUAACAUAAUCAUUUUUGAGCAUUUUAUUACUAUGUAUUAAGUAUUGUUUGUAUCUUCUCGUGUUAACGUCGGGGCGGCUAGUGGUUGUAGUCAUGCGGAACAAAUGAUCACGCACUAUCGACCGCUCACCGUUCAUAAACUAACGGCCGGUUGCAUCAAAUAAAACUGACUUACUUUUUACUAAUUUUGCAAUAGAUUAAAAUAAUAAGCACGUCUUAACGUCAUGUUCAAUGUGUGCAUCAUAUUUGGUACAACUGGCUGUUGAUAUGAAUCCCUGUAAUUAUGUGCUCUUUUAAUACAAAAUGACAACUAAUAUAGGUUUUUAGAUUCUACAAAAGAUUUUUCUCACGUAGGUUUUCUACGACUAUUCUAACAAUAUUAACUUAUUCAUUUUAUACUUAAGUAUUACACUUGUAAACUAAGUAAGAUAGCUCAUAACUGUACUAACCAAGAUAUUCAAAUAGCAAUAUGUAUGUAUAGAACAGACGCCAAUUUAGGUGGCUAUCCUCCAACACAUGUUACCUUUUUCGUAACAUAAACUUAAUUUUAGUCAUAACUUAGCUAGUACUAUUGAAGACUUCAAUAUAUUUAAGAAAAAUAUCGAAGUGUUGGAACAAUUUGAAGGCAAACUCAAGAAAGACAUAUGAUGAUGGCCUAUGUGUUUAAGCUAUACAUAUAUCACUAAUAACAUAAUACAGAACUGAUUUAAAUUUGGCACAAAGUGGGUAAAAUAUGCCAAUUAUCAAAAAGUGAAAUUCUGACUAGUGAUUUAGCAUGAUUGCUUCUAAAAUACAUGGUGAAUUAAGCGAUUAAUGAAACCGAUAAUUCAUACGAUUCUCAAGAAUUUUAUUGUUUUUAAUUCGACGCGCGCCAUUUACUAGAUAAUUUUUCUUCGGCCAGUGCAUUUGUGUUGGAGUAUUAAAUGGUAUCGAUCGAUAGCUUAGUUUAAUAUUAUGUAUAAGUAAAAAAAUAAGUGUAUAUAAGUCAAGCAAUAUAUUUUCCAAUUUAGUUAAUUUUAUACGUAAAUAUCAAAAUGUCAUCAAUAUCUUAAAUUUUAUUAGAGAGUCAGGAUACUUCUCUUUUGAUAAAAAAUGAAAUAAAUUUUCUUUGAAAUCAUUUCUGUAUCAAGUUCUAUUGCUUUUAUUAGGGAAAUACGAAGAAUCUCAUUAGCAUUUUUUGGAGAUUUUUUUUGUUAUAUUUAUUAUUUUUGAUAUGAGAUAUUACAUCACUAGAUGAUGCUUUUAUAUUUAAAUGUUUUGCAAACUCUUCGAGUCUGAUAUUGUGGCAGCUUGCAGCUUCUAUCCCAGUCUAGGUUUAUUCAUAGGGCUACGUCCAUUGAUGUUUUUUCAUUGACUACGACAUUAGAUUGUUCUACAUCUCUAAGCAUCUGAUACAGAUUUGCUUUUUAACCCCCGACGCAAAAACGACGGGGUGUUAUAAGUUUGACGUGUCUGUGUGUGUGUGUGUGUGUGUGUGUGUGUAUGUGUGUGUAUGUGGCAUCGUAGCUCCCAAACGGAUGAUCCGAUUGUAAUGCGGUUUUUUUUGUUUAAAAGGUAUGUCAGUCGGGAGUGUUCUUAGCUAUGUUUGGUGGAAAUCGGUUCAGGUCUUCAAGGUCAUCAGCUCGUUUGCUAGAUGUGAUAGGAAUGUUACACGCUCUGUUUACUUGCAAGUAUAUGUGGGAUCUGAAAUUUGAAACACUAAUGUCUUUUGGAACCACUGAGCUGGUCUGCUGUUAGGGCACGAAGGUAGGAGACGUAACCCUGAACUGCCUUUUAGUAAACCCGUCGAGUUUGGGCUCGUUGAAUUUGUCUUGACGAGUUCUCUUCAUGUUUCUGAUUGACGAGAACCUGAUGCUGGAAAUGGGAUGUGGCGGAUGGAACCCUGAAAUGUCGGAAUGAAACGGAUAAACCGAUUUAUAUUUUUGCUGUAAAUCUAGAAUGUCCAAAGGUUAAUCUUUAUUGUUUCUCAGUCUGUGCAAUUCUCCCAGAGCCAGUUUGUCAUGAGGAUUGUUAAACAGUUCCUUUGGCCGAGAUCGCAUAUAGCGCUUCCAUCUUAAGAUAAAAUAAAUUAAAUGAAAGAAGGAAAAAUUAAGGAGCUCCUUUAAAAAGCAUGAAAUAAAAUUAAAUUAUAAAUUUAAAAAAACCCCCGACCCAAAAAAAGUAUGCAAUAAUUAUGACAAAAGGUUAAAAACCCCAUCUUAAGAUAAAAUAAAUUAAAUGAAAGAAGGAAAAAUUAAGGAGCUCCUUUAAAAAGCAUGAAAUAAAAUUAAAUUAUAAAUUUAAAAAAACCCCCGACCCAAAAAAAGUAUGCAAUAAUUAUGACAAAAGGUUAAAAACGCUAAACCCUAUAAAAAGCAAAAAAUAACUUUUAACACUAGGUACGUAAACUAAAUUUUGACGUGUCGGGGGACCGCUUUUUACCUUCAUAAAUACUUACAUAAAUAAAAUGAUACCUACCUAAUUACAACAUUCGUUUAAAAAAAAAAAAACACGUAUCUAAAGUAAUGAAUUAGAGCGGUCCCCCGACACGACAAAAUUUAGUUUACGUACCUAGUGUUAAAAGUUAUUUUUUGCUUUUUAUAGGGUUUAGCGUUUUUAACCUUUUGUCAUAAUUAUUGCAUACUUUUUUUGGGUCGGGGGUUUUUUUUAGAACUAUUAUCUACUCAUCGUAUUUCAUGUGUACUUACUCUAAAAAGCAUCCAUGAGUUUUAGUUGUGUUUUAAUUAUUUAUAUACCUAUUACUUUGUCUUACAUAUUUUAUUUAGUUGCUAAGGUUUUUUUACUUAAUUAUUGUGUGAUCUGAAAUCCGUCCAUUUCUUCGUAUUUUUGUACGAAAUGUAUUAUUUUGUGUGAACUAUUGUAAUGUAUCCAAGUGACAUUUUUGAUAAUAAAACGAUAGCUAACUUA